UCUUCUUUGAGUUGCCCUAAUUUGGAGCGUUAAAGUUGUUGGUGUCCUAUUCGCGUUGUUGUUGUUAAGUGUUAGGUUUGAAUCAACCGCUCUAGUACCAGCGGAACUGUUGAUUUGCUUAGCGAGAAGAUGGAUCUGGUGAGCAGUUUACCAGACGAUGUUCGUUGUCAUAUAUUGUCCUUCCUUACCACAAAGGAGUCUGCUUUGACAUCUGUUCUGUCUAAGAAGUGGCGCAAUCUGUUUGCGCUUGUCCCUAAUCUUGACUUGGAUGACUCUGAGUUUCUUCAUCCAGAAGAGGGUAAGUGGGAAAGAGAUGAAAUUCUGGAUAGCUUCUUGGAUUUUGUGGAUAGAGUAUUGUCUUUGCAGGGAAAUGCUCCCAUUCGUAGGUUCUCCCUCAGGUGUGAAACUGGUGUUCCUCCAGCUCGUUUGAAUCGUUGGUUAUGUAAAGUGCUGCUGCGUGGUGUUGCGGACCUUGAACUUAUCAUCGAGUUCGAAGAUGGUUAUCUUCUGCCUCGAGAGUUGUUUGUCAGUGAGACACUAGUCAAUCUCAGAUUAAAAUCUGAAUUUGGUUGUGUUCAUUGGUGGCCUGGAGCUGAAGGCACUUUCUUACCAAUGCUUCAAAGUCUUGAUAUAGGCUGUGCGAUGUUUUUUUGUGAUGAUAAGCUUCAGGAGCUUCUUCCUUGUUUCCCUGUGAUUGAGGAAUUACGGUUGGUAGGUAUGGAGUGGAUUGAUUCUCAUGUAACCGUGUCAUGUGCAACCCUCACUAAUCAGCUACUUCUUUGCUCCACCGGCUCCAAAACCUCUCGAAAUCCAAAGAGUGUUUCUUUUGAUACUCCAAAUCUGCUUUCCUUAGCCUACUCUGAUUUAGUUGCUGAGGACUAUCCGUUAGUUAAUAUGAAAAGUUUAUUCAAGGCUCGAAUCAUCCUUGGAGUAGAUGAAGAUCAAAUCGCACGAAUACGAGCCCCAAGUAACUAUUUGUCAGAUGACGAUGUUGUUCGCCGAUUUGGCAAUGUGGUGAAGCUCAUGAAGGGCAUACAAAAUGUUCAGCAACUUCACUUGCAUUCUGAUACACUCGAGGUGCUUUCUAUGUGCUGUGAAUCGAUGCCGGUGUUCAACAACGUCAAAAUGUUAGGCAUUAAGAGUGACGACGACAGAGGAUGGCAAGCGGUGCCUGCUCUUUUAAGGAAUUGUCCACAUCUAGAAACCCUAACCUUUGAGGGUCUCGUGCACGAUGUGACAGAUAAAUGCGGGGAUGCUUGUGACUGCAUUUACCGGAAGGAAAAAGGCCGUUCGCUCAAAUCUUGUCCAGUAAAAGUGGUAGAGAUUAAAGAGUUUAGAGUAACAAUGAAAGAGAUGCACCUGAUAGAGCAUUUCUUGGACAAUUUUCCAUGUUUGAAGGAGAUGAAGAUCUAUAGAGAAGAGUAUGGUCCUUCACAGUUUAGAAACGACCCUGCAGUGUAUGAUCUUAUCUUGGACAUGAUAGAAGAGUACAAGGAUUUAUAUAGUUGCAAUGUCCAACUCUUGGAGCCGUGUGACAAGUGGACUGAACAAUGAACAAAGCCCCCUAGGAAUUUGACUUAUCAGAUCAGAUCCUUGUUUUGUUUUAGACUUUUAGUUAUUAUCUAUGUGUAUCUUUUAAUUAUCAGAUCCUGCUGGUGACACACUAUCCUCGGCUUGGCUAGACUGCUUGCCAUACCUGUUUUGCUUUAGUCAGUCCUUGGAAACUUUCUGAUUGUUUUUGGGUAUAUUUCCGGACUCUGAAAUACGCAUUGACUUAAGCGUUACUGAUCUUCAUCCUCUGACUCA